AUGGGAAUUCCCAAAUUUCCCAUGCACAAUGUGCAUUUCUACAAAUCGUUGCAGAAUAUCUGCAUUGCUGUGGUUCUUGCUUUUUCGGCAGCCUCUUCGUUUAAUAUUUUGCAUAAUAUGCCACGCAAGCAAAAAUAUGCAAAUUUUUAUACGAAUUAUGAUCCCAUGGUUUCAUUCAAUCGUAUGAUGGCGGGUGGCUAUCUUGACUCUUGUCCUCCAAAGAAAUAG